AUGCCCACCAUCUCGGUUGAUAAGGCCGCGCUCUUCAAGGAGCUCGGCAGAGACUAUACCACCGAAGAAUUCGACGAGUUGUGCUUCGAAUUCGGCAUUGAGCUCGACGAAGAUACAACGAAUUCGGACCGACCGAUUGUGGAUGGCAAGCAGGAGCCCCCCCAGCUCAAGAUCGAAAUUCCGGCGAAUCGAUAUGAUCUACUAUGCUUCGAAGGAAUCUCUCUCAUGCUCAACAUCUUCUUGGGCCGAAAGCCGCUUCCCAACUACAGACUUGUUGAGCCUGCUGGCGGGGAGCUGCAGAAAAUCAUCGUCAAGGAGGACACGAUGAAAAUUAGGCCACUCGUGUCUGGCGCAAUCCUCCGAAAUGUCACCUUCGAUAAGGCCCGCUAUGAAUCCUUCAUCGCUCUUCAAGACAAGCUCCAUCAGAAUCUUGCCAGGCAAAGAACGCUCGUCUCUAUUGGUACUCAUGACUUGGACACUCUCCAAGGGCCUUUCACCUACGAAGCCCUCCCACCGAAAGACAUCCGCUUCACACCUCUCAACCAAACUCAAGAGAUGAACGGCGAGGAGCUCAUGGCUUUCUACGAUAAAGAUAAGAACCUAGGCAAAUAUCUUCACAUCAUCAGGGACUCCCCCGUCUACCCGGUGAUCUACGACUCGAAGAGGACUGUUUGCUCCCUUCCUCCUAUUAUCAACGGAGACCACUCGAAGAUCACCCUCAACACCAAGAACGUUUUCAUUGAAAUUACGGCGCUCGAUAAAACUAAGGUGGAAAUUGUGAACAAGAUCAUGGUCACCAUGUUCUCCCAAUACACAUCUGAGCCGUUCACUAUUGAGCCCAUUCAGAUCAUUUCUGAACACAACAACGAAACAAGAAUCACUCCCGACAUCGCACCCCGGACAACCCAGGCCGAAGUCUCCUAUCUCAACCAGUGCUGCGGUUUGGAACUCUCUCAACAGGAAAUCUGCGACCUCCUCAAGAAGAUGGCCUACGAGGCAACGCCAUCGGCCUCUCCCGAUCUGGUUGAUGUGCACAUUCCUCCUACACGCGCUGAUAUUCUCCACCAAGCAGACAUCAUGGAAGAUGUUGCCAUUGCCUACGGAUUCAAUAACCUUCCACGAUCCUUCCCUAGCAAGUCAGGAACAGUCGCCCAGCCUCUGCCGAUCAAUAAGCUCUCCGAUAUUGUCCGCAUAGAGGCUGCGAUGGCUGGCUGGUCGGAGGUUCUGCCCUUGAUUCUGUGCUCCCACGACGAGAAUUUCGGAUGGCUCAACCGCAAGGAUGAUGGCAACACCGCCGUCAAGCUCGCCAACCCCAAGACUCAAGAGUUCCAAGUUGUCCGUACAAGUCUUCUUCCCGGUCUUCUGAAGACCAUUCGCGAAAACAAGCACCACACUGUUCCGAUGAAGGUCUUCGAGGUCAGUGACGUGGCUUUCAAGGACUUGUCACUAGAGCGUAAGAGCCGAAACGAACGGCACUUUGCUGCCGCCUGGUACGGCAAGACCAGUGGUUUCGAAGUCGUACACGGUCUUCUAGACCGCGUCAUGUCGAUGCUGAAGAGCGCCUUCCUCACAGGCGAGGAGGGUCUCGAGAACCCUCAAGUAAACGACUCACACUACUGGAUCGAGGAAUUGGAUGACCCAACCUACUUCCCCGGCCACGCCGCCUCCGUCCACGUCCGCAUCGGUGGCAAGGACGUCAUAAUCGGCUCCUUCGGUAUCCUACACCCAACUGUGCUGGAGAACUACGAGAUGAAAUACCCCGUCAGCACUUUGGAAAUCAACAUCGAGGCCUUCCUGUAG